GAACCCUAGCUAAAUAAACAUGAAGAUAGAGUGUUUUAUUGUUUUUGCUUUUAUUCCGUGGUACGGUGCGCAGGAGUCUGGUUCGCUCAACUACAAGUUUUAUCCAGAGCUGAAUGGAUGGUUGAAACUACACACCGCCAUUAAAGCGUUUGAUGGAGCUAAAAAGACUUGUGAAAAUGAAGAUGCUAUCCUUGGGUCCCCAACGGGCCUGGACCUUCUCGAGAAGAUGAAGGAUCUGACGCGGGAUGGCUUCAACGUACCUACUAGUAUCUACACGGGAAUAAAAACUUACAAUGGAGCAUAUUUUUCUAUUGAUCGUAAACCUAUAGGUAAAUCAGCAGCCAAGUGGGGUAAAGGCGAACCAAACUACGAUAGAAUCGAAGGAAAGGACAUAUGUCUCCUGCUUCAGCCCGACGGUACACUGGCGACGGAAAACUGCGAUUCCACGCGACCUUUCGUUUGCUACAAGAAAGUUGAAAAACCGGAAGAUGAGCAAUGUGGUCCCACGGCUAUUGACAAGGAAUAUAGGUUGGACAAACAAACACGCAGAUGCUAUAAAUUCGUACCAGAAGUGAAAUCUUGGAAUGAUUCGGUCUGGAAUUGUCUGGAAGAAGAAGCAUAUCCGUCUACAGUCUACACUGUUGAAAAAGCGUUAGCGAUUAAAGAGAUCUAUACAAAAAAAAUGUUACAAGAGAAGACAAAAGAGAAAACUAAUGUGCAUUUCAUAGGAUUCAGAUAUUAUGAAGAUGUGGAAGCUUGGUUGACUGUUUUUGGUCAAUCUAUACCGGAAGCUGCUUUCUGGAGUAACGAACAGCCAAUACCUUUCAAAGACGAGAAACCAAUAAAUGAACAAAUUGCUUGUGGUGCUAUAGAUGUUACUUCUGACAAACCUGAGCUUUCAGUUGUUUCGUGUGAGGAGAAAUAUCCAUCCAUUUGCGAAAAACCUGCACCAGAUGAAGAGAGCGUUGAGGACUGA